UAUAUAUUGUAUGUGUUAGAUCUAUAUAAGUUCUUGAUCAUGUUUUCAAGCAGUUGGGGAUUUUUAAAGCGUCAUAAGCGUAAGUUUGUUAUUGGAAGUAUUAUUGUUAGUAGUGUCAUUUUUUUAACACGUUAUACACAGCGCAAGCUUCAAGAAUGGCAAGAUAAUGAGAUAAGGAUGCUAAUGGAAAAGACAAAGAAGCGACAAUAUUAUGAAAACAUAGAGAAAACAUGCAACCAAAUGACAUUAUCCCUUGCAGCAACCUUAAGAAACUCUGUGAUCAAAGAAAAUGAUACAGAGACUAUUAUAAAUCAACUUAGAGAUGGCACUGCCAAUAAGAUAGUGUCUUGGAAUCAAUUAAAAAUAUUAGCAUUUACACGAUCAGCUGUAAUAAUUUAUUCUUAUACAAUGCUAGCUACAUUUCUUCGUAUUCAAAUUACUUUGAUUAGUGGACAUAUGUACAAAAAUGCACAGAAUGUGGAUAAUGGGAUUAUUGAAAAUGAAGUACAAGAGAAAUAUAUGACACUUUCUAGCUAUUUUAUAUAUGAAAGUAUAAAGAAUUUAAAUAAUCUCAUAAAAAGUAAAAUUGUUGAAGUCACAGCUUCAUUGUCUCUGACAGAGCAAUUAACAUUGAGAGAUUUAGAACAAAUUUAUUGGGCGCUUACAUCUUCUAUAUCCACUGAUAGUUUGAAAGAUCCUGUCAAAAAUUUUACAUCUUAUAUAUUGCAAAAGAACACUGAAAACAAUGAUACAUCUAUUUAUAAAAAAUUGAUUGAUCAGAUGCUAGAUGUAAUAGAGAGUGAAGAAGUACAAGAUUUAAUGCAAAAGAAUAUCAGGAGUGGAUUUGUUUUAUUAAUGGAUCAUAUAUCUAUGUAUUUCAAUAACUCUUCUAAAAUCAGUAAUAUAUAUGAAGCACGAGAUGCAACAUCACAUUCAAAAGAGUCAAACAUCAAAAAUUCAACUUCAACUUUACAAGAUGCAACUAUGAAUGAUGAGUCAAAUGAAUUUGUAAAUAUUAAUAAAACUACUAUGGCUUUGGCCAAAAUUAUUCCUAUUAUAAAUGGACAAGUUCCAGAUAAUCCAACACCAAAAGAUAUAGCAGCAGAUUGGCUCCAACAUCUGAUAUUAAAUAGCGAGCUUAAAAUUCUUGGAGCGAAUAUUUACGAAGCAUUUAGCUGUUCUUAAAGUUAAGUUCAAUUCAACAUUAUAAAAAUUAGAAAAAUUAUUUCAAUUAUUAUAUUCUGUACAAAAGAAUAUAUCAAUUCUACUUUUGUCUUAUAUAAUAUUAUAUUUAAGGCUAUACAUACAAGUAUUUUGUAUAGUACUA